AUGGUCAUUUCAGAUCAUCUCGAAGCACUCACCAAAAUCGUGCUUCACAAUCUGCGUUACCAGCAUGACUGGGUCGAGGUACACCAGUACACAAAGCCCGAGCUCCCGCGACCGAUGAUUUACGGGCUUCCACCAAAGCGCCUCUACGUGCAUCCGGACGAACAGGUCGCCAUCAUCAGGGCCGAAAAGGAGACCGGCCAACGCAUUGAGCCAGAACCAGAGCUCGAAUGGGUGCUGCCCCUACAUCUUUCGGAGAAGUGGACGCCGGGCCAGUUUGCCGCGCUCUUCGAUGCCAUCGACAGCAUCCCUCCUGGAGGCCCGGACCCGGACUCUUUCGAUCUGGACGACCCGGCUUCCCAGUGGAAGCUUUGGCAAGGUCCAAAACGCGGGAAGCGCGUUCUGUUGGCUACUGUUCAGGACGACUCGACUGUUACAUACUACUGGAUCUUCGAUGGGCUCGUGAAGCCCAGACAGAACUGA